AUGAUUUGCAUUGAGACUCAACAUUUUAAUCUCAAUCGGACUCUCCUACUAGCAAUCGGCUUAUGGCCAUAUCAAAAAUCAAAAUUUGUUGGAUUUCAGACAAUUUUGUGUUUUGGCAUUUUGACAAGCUUUGUUAUAUUCCAGCUUACAGCUCUUAUAACCACAAAAUGCACUGUUGACUUUAUCAUCAAAGUUUUCUCUACUGCAAUAGUCUUUAAUUUCUACGUAAUUAUAUACAACAUGUUCUGGAUUAACACUCAUCAUGUGAGAAAUUUGUUGGAACAAUUACAAUAUAUCUGUAAUGAAAUAAAAGACGAAAAUGAACUUGCUAUCAUUAAGAAGUAUGGACAUAAUACAAGACGUUGUACUACUAUUAUUACAUUGUUCGCCAUAUGCAGUACAUUUUUUGCUAUUUUACUACCUAUUUGGCCACAGAUUCUUGGUACUAUUUUGCACAUGAAUGAGUCUCAAAUACAGAGUCAGGCAAUACAAAUUACGACUGAAUACUUUGUCGAUCAAAAAAAAUAUUUCUAUUUAAUUUACUUGCAUACAAAUGCAGUUAUGUGUAUUGGGGCGACUACAUUGACAGCGACAGGAACAAUGAUUUUAGGAUGCAUUAUACACAUAUGUGGAAUGUUUAAAAUUGCAAGUUAUCGUAUAGAGCAAGCAAUGUCGACGAAAAUGAUCGAAAAUAUUAACUUAAAAAAUCAGAUAAUGAUUAAUAAAAAAAUAUUUUAUGCCGUCGAAAUCCAUCGCAAGGCUAUGAAGUUCACCGACGUAUUGAUAUCUAGUUUUGAAGGCUCUAUUUUAUUGAUAUUAACGUUUGGUGUAAUUUCUUUGAGCCUGAAUAUUUUUGCAAUUUUUCGGAAUAUAUCGCUUAGGAAUAACGAAGCAGUUUUAUUACACGUGUUAAUUGUAUUUAUUAUCCUCUUAUAUUUGUUUCUAACUAAUUAUGCCGGACAAGAGGUUACAAAUUACAGUAAUUAUGUAUACUUUACCGCAUACAAUGUUCGAUGGUAUAUGGCACCAUUACAUGCACAGAAAAUGAUACUCUUUAUUUUGCAAAAAGGCAGUAAGACUUUCCACUUGAACGUCGCCGGAUUAUUUGUAAUAUCGUUACAGUGUUUCGCCACGUUAACAAAAGCAUCGAUGUCUUAUUUUACCUUUAUGUAUUCUACUCAGCAAUGAUACGAAGAUACAUUAAUAGAAAUCGCUCACAAAAUAUUUUCCACGUUUGAAAGAAUGUAUUGUGACUUUAAUAAAUUUUGCAUGAAAUAAAUUAUACACUCUGAUGAGAGUAUUUAGUUCUUUGACUGUUGCACUGUUUAGAUAAUUAAAAAUUCACAAAUUCACAAUUAUUUAUCUUCCGAUAAUGGAUAUCUAUUUUGAAAUAUAUAUGUCAUGUGGGACGUGUCUUGAAAAAGACACAAACCUUGAAAAAGAUGCAAAUCAGUUUAAAACUCUAUGAAACAAAACGCACGCGCAAAUGAUAUAUUACAUAAAAUUUUAAAAUUAUAUAAAAUAUAUAUGUCAUGUGAGACGUACCUUGGAAAAGUAAUGACUAAUUUGUCAGCACAUGUAAGGA